ACAUUUGAUUUCAGUUAACAAGUAUGGCUAUCAUAUCUGCGAAGGCCCUGGUGCUUAUACAACUUUCAGUUCUAGUAGUUUGCUCAUUUUUAGAACUGACUCAUGGAAAAGACGUUGAAACUUCGUCUCAUGCAACUCUUCUGCGUUUUAAGUUUCCACCCGUUUCACGUCAACGUCCCCGUAAUCCUCCACCUAGGCAGCAACCACCACCACGAGUUAAGUCGCCACCACCAACUGUUAAGUCUCCACCACCACCAGAGGCUGAUCAGCAACCACCACCUCCUCCACCAGAUGCAGAGCAACCACCACCACCACCAGAUGCUGAACAACCACCACCACCACCGGAUGCUCAGCCACCGUCACCAUCACCAGACGCAGAAUAUAUAGACGCACCAUCUCCAUCACCGGAUUCUCAGGCACCAGUUAUGGCACCGACAAAAUCAGAUGCUCGUUUCGUUGGAAAUACACUAAUCAUGCGUGGCCUUCACUAUUAUGGGAAAAAAUAGUCAUGUAGUAGGAAGGAAUAACAACAGUAUGGAACGAUUAAGUUCGUGUUCGUAAAAUCUUUUUCCUUUUCCCUUCUCUAGUUCUAGUUUAAAAUGAAAGAAAAAUGAAGAUCGGAUGUUGAUUU